CCGUAUCUUUUAUUUAUUUAAUCAUGUUGGAAAUGUGAGCCGCUAAAUUUCUCCUUAUCUCCACCUCCCGCCUCACAGGUGUUUGUUCUCCCGUCCAGGAGGGGAGAGGAAUUUUUUUUUCAUAUUUUUAGGCGAGAACCUCCCCUGGUAUCGUUUUCUUCCCUAUUUUAACGCUUCUCGCCUUGUAUGCGGAAUUCUGAAGUCUCUGUGUUUAUCUUGCCGGAGCAGAGCCUCAGAGGUGUCCUAAGGCUCCUUCAGCACAUCGUUGGACUUCCUGUGGGUGGCUGGCGUGGUCCCCUGGCCUGCCCGCGCCUGCCUGUGUGGCCACCGCAAGGAUCAAGCCGCUGCCUUACAGAUCCCCCAUUGUGUGUUGUCUUGUUUCUCAGCUCUGUCCUCUCCCCUUUGCCCCUCCCUCGACCUCGACCCCCCCCGCUCCACAUGGCCUCGCUGCCCGCCAGUGUGGUCUUCGUGGGUCUUCCUGGUUCGCCUCACUGGAGCCUGAGAGUGACUCACGGCUGGGCGGGAGGAAUGGUUCAAGGGGUGAAGUAACAGGUCCCUGCGAACCGUGAGGACAUGGCCGGAGAAGGGAGGGCAAGGCGUGGACCAAAUUUUGCCCUCUCCUUCCCCUCCUUCCACCUGCUAGCCACAUUGCGCGGAAUGUGACACAUGAGAGCGUCACAGAGUUGCUCUUCGUGUUGUAACAUUGCCGCGUAAAUAUUUGUGCGAGCAUGUUAAGUCUGCUCUGGUUACGAGCGUCACAGCGGCUUCGUCUUGUUCGUCGUGUUUGGAGCCGCUCCGCCGCCUGUGGUUGCGUUGGGGCGUGUUUUACUGCCGCCAAGGCCCCGCAACAGUGGUCAGGAGCUGCCGGGGGGUGCCGCGGGUCACAUCUCCUUUUUAGCUGCGGGAUGGUGAGGACAAACCCACCCGCGGUCGUGAAAGAGGAGGAGAGCCAGCUGGGGCGGCGACGAGGCCUGGGAAUAACGGAGUGGGCGGCGGAUCGAGGCCUGCGAGGGCGUACACACCAGAUAGACGAGCAGGCCACCGUGCCACGCCGCCGCUCGCCUGUCGCCGCCCCGCCCGGAGAGCCCCUGCCCCGCGGAGAGCUGCCCCAGGGUCGGGUGGCGGCCGUGGUGCCUGCGGCGGGGAGCAGCGAGCGGAUGGGAGGCGAAACCCCCAAGCAGUAUAUGGAGGUGUGUGGGCGACCCUUGGUGAUUUACUGCCUGGAGGCGCUGCAGAAGGUGGCGUGGGUGUCGCAGGUGGUGGUGGUGGCGGAUGACCUGGCGAGGAUGACUGGCGUGGUGCGUGCGGCGGGGCUCACCAAGGUCAAGGUCGUCCACGGUGGAGGCAGCAGACACCGAUCCAUCAGGGUGGGGGUGGAGGCCCUGGCGGCGGAGGACGAGCCCCCCGACGUGGUGGUGGUGCACGACGGAGCGCGGCCCCUCGUCCCCCCCGACACCCUGGCUCAGGUGGCGGUGAUGGCGGAGCGGCACGGCGCGGCGGGAGCGGUGCGGCCUCUGGUGUCCACGGUGGUGAUGCCUGACCCUGACGACUUCCUGCAGGAGAGCCUCGUCAGGAGUCUUUACCGCAACUCUGAGAUGCCGCAGGCCUUCAGGCUAGACGUGCUGAGGGAAGCCUAUCGCAGGUGUAGCGACGAGGAGGCGGACCACGGGACGGAGUGUCUGGCCUUGGCCCUGCGGCACGCGGGGGCGAAGGCCAAGCUGGUGCCGGGGACUGCACACCUCUGGAAGGUGACGGAGGAGAAGGACCUGGAGGUGGCACGCAUCCUCCUGCCUCGCCUCACCCGCACCACCUCGCUGGUCUGUAGGACACUCGCCUCCCACGCACACCACACCGCACAAGCCGCUCCAUCAUCCUCCGUCCGCCCCCUCAACGACCCCCUAAUGUGCAGCGAAGAGUGUGCGCGUGUGUUCGCCUUGCUCGACGGUGCAAUCAGAGAGUAUUGUAAGGAGCUCGUCUUCUCCUGUAGCUAUGACGCCCCAGUGCCUUCUCCUGCCUCCUUGAUCUCUAUAACCAACGCCACCACUAUAGACACACUUCCAGAACACAUAAAGACUGCCGCAGCUAAUAUCAAUAAAGCCAUAGGUCCAGUAACCUUACUAGUCACCCUGCAAGGUCAGAGUUCACAAUGUCUCCCACCAACCAUCGCGUCACUGCAGCAAGUAUUACGAGAAGCCUUCAGCGACCACUCCGGCCCCGUCACUGUCAUCCUUCGGGGUUCAGGAAAGGUUCCGAAAGGCGGCGAACAGGGUCAAGGGGUCAUCGAGGGACACCCGCCUGCCACUGUCCCUGACUCGCCACCACCAGACGCCGACCGCCUCCGCUGCCUGGUGACGUCGCUGCUGGACCAGAAGAGUCGCGGCUUCCACGGUUUGGUGUUGGUGGUGUAGGCGGGGGGAGCCUGGGUGGGGCGCCGCAGGAAGGACCAUUGGUGAGGAGCGACAAGCAAGUGUGUGGAGGUAAAUUUCACGACUCUUCCAGACCUGUUUAGUAUUAGUGCAGUUACAAUGAUCAAAUACAUUCCAACUGUUAUGGAAAGUACAAUUAUGAUAUUAUUUUAUUAUUAUCAUUAUUAUUAUUAUUAUUAUUAUUAUUAUUAUUAUUAUUAUUAUUAUUAUUAUUAUUAUUAUUAUUAUUAUUACUAUCAUCAUCAACCAGAAUUUCAUUACCAUAAUUAUAAAAAAAUAUGACAAAAAAUGUGGAGCCUUUUUUUCUAACUCCACGGAGGCCCAGGAGCUGAGGCCUCACCAGGGGUGUUUGUCCAGCUGGCGGUGUAGCGGCAGAACCAGAGAGGAAAGCCUUCUUCACCGUUAUCAGUUGUAUUCUUUGCAGUUUUCAUACCGUAAAUAGAAUCGC